AGACGGAACACUUUCUCAUGCUAUCUUCAUUGCUAGGUCUACUCGGUAUAUAGGCUAUAGCAACAACAAGGAAAAUGCAACUCACACACUAUUUUCUUCUUCCGGUCUUACUCGCCACCGCAUCAGCCCAGACCGUAUAUCUGAUCCGCCACGGAGAAAAGCCUGCCAAUGGAUCAACUGGUCUCUCCGCGCAGGGCGUAGAACGCGCACAGUGUCUCCGCAAUGUGUUCGGGAACUCAUCCCAAUACAACAUCGGCUACAUUAUCGCCGAGAAGCCGAAAUCUGAUGGACAUCGUGACCGCCCGCUGUUGACGGUCCAGCCACUGGCUACGGACUUGGGCCUUACGGUCGACACGUCCUGCGAUCGUGACGACCAGGACUGCGUCGCGAAGUUGGUGAAGACGUACGAUAAAGGCAACCCUACGCAGAAUGUCCUCAUCUGUUGGGAACAUGGCCAGUUGACUAAGAUCGUGGAGGCGUUGGGUGAUAAAAAUGCCCCUACGUAUCCAGAUGAUUCUUUUAAUCUUAUUUGGACGGAUCCCCAGCCGUAUGAUAACAUUACCAGUACUCAAAGUGAGGAAUGUCCCGGGCUUGAUAAUUAAGUCCCACUAUCUCUCUGUAGGGCACGGUGGGUUUUAUAUACCGUAAUUAAGAUAUCCGAUUCAACACCAAAUAAGUUGAACUCCAAUUCCUCCUUCGCUGGUUCCGUUUUAGCCUCUGGGCGUGAGCAGCUGCCACUUCAACCCGAGCUGAGAGUGAGCAUUCUGAGCAGUAUAGUGGGGAUCCUGUUUUGGCUCCUUUGCGAUCAGGUUACGGUUUCACAGUCUUGUUGGUAGACUAUACAUACGUACAUCUAUGACGAUGUAAGGGGCGGAGGAGAAAGGCUUGUAGGAGUGUUGAGACUCUAAUCAGUAUGAG